UCCCGGUAUCUGCCUUGGUUUUUGAAGGCGAGAGGAGGAAAAUGGGCAACGGCGCUUCCGCCAGAAGGGGACUCUCUCCGUGCCUGAUUUCGGGACAGGUGCCUGUGGUGCUGGGAUCUUCUUAGAGGAAUAGCCUGCCUGCUUUCGGAGUGGAAGGCCAAAUGACAUAGGAUGAAGGCUGUUCGUAAUUUGCUGAUUUAUAUAUUUUCCACCUAUCUACUGGUUAUGUUUGGAUUUAAUGCCGCCCAAGACUUCUGGUGUUCAACGCUGGUGAAAGGGGUCAUUUAUGGAUCAUAUUCUGUAAACGAAAUGUUUCCCAAAAACUUUACAAACUGCACUUGGACACUGGAAAAUCCAGAUCCGACCAAAUAUAGUAUUUACCUGAAAUUUUCCAAAAAGGACUUCAGCUGCUCUAACUUUUCUCUCUUGGCUUAUCAGUUUGAUCAUUUUUCACAUGAAAAAAUUAAGGAUCUCUUAAAGAAUAAUCAUUCUAUAAUGCAGCUCUGCGAUUCCAAGAAUGCUUUUGUAUUUCUGCAGUAUGAUAAGAAUUUCGUUCAGAUACGCCGGGUCUACCCCUUCGAUUUCAUAGGAUUAUACAAAAAGCAAGAUGAGCAGAAAUCUUUCUUUGAAUUUUUAGUGUUGAACAAGGUGAGCCCAAGCCAAUUUGGUUGCCAUGUAUUAUGCACUUGGCUGGAGAGCUGCUUGAAAUCUGAGAAUGGGAGAACCGAGUCUUGUGGGAUCAUGUAUACAAAAUGCACGUGCCCUCAGCACUUGGGAGAGUGGGGGGGAGAUGACCAUUCCCUGGUGUUGCUCAAUAAUGUAGUACUGCCCCUCAAUGAGCAGACAGAAGGCUGUCUCACCCAGGAGCUGCAAACCACCCAGGUCUGCAACCUUUCAAGGGAAGCCAAGCGACCACCGAAGGAAGAAUUUGGAAUGAUGGGAGAUCAUACAAUUAAAAGUCAGCGACCUCGAUCUGUUCAUGAGAAAAGGGUCCCUCAGGAACAAGCUGAUGCUGCUAAAUUUAUGGCACAAACUGGUGAAUCUGGUGUUGAAGAGUGGGCCCAGUGGAGUACAUGUUCAGUUACUUGUGGUCAAGGGUCGCAGGUGCGAACCAGAACUUGUGUAUCACCUUACGGGACACACUGCAGCGGCCCUUUAAGAGAAUCAAGGGUUUGCAAUAACACUGCCCUCUGUCCAGUACAUGGAGUUUGGGAGGAGUGGUCACCUUGGAGUUUGUGCUCAUUCACUUGUGGUCGAGGCCAAAGAACUAGAACAAGGUCAUGUGUACCUCCUCAGUAUGGGGGAAGAUCAUGUGAUGGACCUGAAACACAACAUAAGCCUUGCAAUAUUGCUCUUUGUCCUGUUGAUGGACAGUGGCAGGAGUGGAGUUCUUGGAGUCAGUGCUCUGUGACAUGUUCCAAUGGUACACAGCAGAGAAGUCGGCAAUGUACAGCAGCUGCUCAUGGAGGCUCGGAGUGCAAAGGUCCAUGGGCUGAAAGUAGGGAGUGUUACAAUCCCGAAUGUACAGCUAAUGGCCAAUGGAAUCACUGGGGCCAUUGGAGUGGGUGUUCCAAGUCUUGUGAUGGAGGAUGGGAGAAGCGAAUAAGGAUAUGUCAAGGAGCAGCUGUCACUGGACAACAGUGUGAAGGAACUGGAGAGGAAGUUAGGCGGUGUAGUGAACAGCGAUGUCCAGCACCUUAUGAAAUAUGUCCUGAGGAUUACUUGAUAUCGAUGGUAUGGAAAAGGACGCCAGCGGGGGACAUGGCUUUCAAUCGUUGUCCUCUUAAUGCUACAGGCACCACUAGCAGACGCUGCUCUCUCAGUCUUCAUGGAGUGGCCUUCUGGGAACAGCCGAGUUUUGCUAGAUGCAUAUCAAAUGAGUACAGACACUUGCAGCAUUCAAUCAAAGAACAUCUUGCAAAAGGACAGAGGACGCUGGCAGGUGAAGGAAUGUCCCAGGUGACAAAGACCCUUCUUGAUUUAACUCAGAGGAAAAAUUUUUAUGCAGGAGAUCUCCUGGUUUCUGUUGAAAUUCUUAGAAACGUUACAGCUACAUAUAAAAGAGCAAGUUACAUCCCUGCAUCUGACGGUGUCCAGAACUUCUUUCAAAUUGUUAGUAACCUUCUGGAUGAAGAGAACAAAGAAAAAUGGGAGGAUGCACAGCAAAUCUAUCCAGGUUCAGUAGAACUAAUGCAGGUGAUUGAAGAUUUUAUACACAUUGUUGGAAUGGGAAUGAUGGACUUUCAGAAUUCAUACUUAAUGACUGGAAAUGUAGUGGCUAGCAUUCAGAAGCUUCCUGCAGCAUCCGUUUUAACAGACAUCAAUUUCCCCAUGAAAGGAAGGAAAGGAAUGGUUGAUUGGGCACGUAAUUCAGAAGACAGAGUUGUUAUUCCCAAAAAUAUCUUCACCCCCAUGUCAACAGAACUCGACGAAUCCACUGUGUUUGUGCUUGGAGCAGUACUGUACAAGAAUCUAGAACUUAUUUUACCCACCUUAAGAAAUUAUACGGUUAUUAAUUCCAAAAUCAUUGUGGUCACAAUAAGGCCUGAACCCAAAACAUCUGAUUCCUUUCUAGAGAUAGAGUUAGCUCAUUUGGCUAAUGGCACAUUGAAUCCCUAUUGUGCACUAUGGGAUGAUUCAAAAAUGAACGACUCUUUGGGAACCUGGUCCACCCAGGGAUGUAAAACUGUGCUUACCGAUGCAUCCCAUACAAAAUGCUUAUGUGAUCGUCUCUCUACCUUCGCCAUUUUGGCUCAGCAACCUAGAGAAAUAAUCAUGGAAUCAUCUGGUGCACCCUCAGUUACUCUAAUAAUAGGCAGUGGCCUUUCAUGCUUGGCUUUGGUUACCCUAGCAGUUGUCUAUGCAGCACUAUGGAGGUACAUCAGAUCUGAGAGGUCAAUAAUUCUAAUUAAUUUCUGCCUAUCUAUUAUCUCAUCAAAUAUCCUUAUAUUGGUUGGACAAACACAGACACAUAACAAGAACAUCUGUACCACGACCACUGCAUUUUUACAUUUCUUCUUCUUAGCUUCGUUUUGUUGGGUUUUGACUGAAGCGUGGCAGUCAUACAUGGCUGUUACUGGAAAAAUAAGGACACGACUCAUAAGAAAACGCUUCUUAUGCCUUGGAUGGGGUUUACCAGCAUUGGUGGUGGCAAUAUCAAUAGGGUUUACCAAGACAAAAGGAUAUGGGACUAGUAACUAUUGCUGGCUGUCUCUUGAAGGAGGACUUCUUUAUGCUUUUGUCGGACCUGCAGCUGCCGUUGUCCUGGUCAACAUGGUGAUUGGCAUUUUGGUGUUUAAUAAACUUGUUUCUCGAGAUGGAAUCCUUGAUAAAAAACUCAAACACAGAGCGGGUCAGAUGAGUGAGCCUCAUAGCGGUUUGACGCUCAAAUGUGCCAAGUGUGGAGUAGUUUCAACAACAGCUUUGUCAGCCACCACCGCCAGUAAUGCCAUGGCAUCCCUUUGGAGCUCCUGUGUGGUAUUGCCUCUCCUCGCUCUUACUUGGAUGUCGGCGGUUCUCGCAAUGACGGACAAGCGGUCGAUACUGUUUCAGAUACUCUUUGCGGUAUUUGACUCGUUGCAGGGCUUUGUCAUUGUCAUGGUCCACUGCAUUCUCCGAAGGGAGGUUCAAGAUGCAUUUAGAUGUCGAUUAAGAAACUGCCAAGAUCCAAUCAAUGCAGAUUCUUCAAGUUCGUUCCCUAAUGGACAUGCUCAAAUCAUGACAGAUUUUGAGAAAGAUGUGGACAUUGCAUGUCGGUCAGCGGACGUGUGCGUGCUGAGUCGGGGCUGGCCCAAGUCAGGGCGGGAGGAAGGAGCUCUCGAGGCCCUUCAACAACUCCAGGUCCUUCAUAAGGACAUCGGACCAUGCAGAGCAGCUACAAUAACAGGAACCCUUUCGAGAAUCUCACUGAAUGAUGAUGAAGAGGAAAAGCCGGCAAACCCUGAAGGAAUGAGCUACUCCACAUUGCCUGGGAAUAUAAUUUCUAAAGUUAUCAUUCAGCAGUCCGGAGGGAUGCACAUGCCCAUGAGCAUGAGUGAGCUGGCCAAUCAGUGUCUGAAAAAAGACAACACAGAGUUGCGACGGACUGUGUAUUUAUGUACUGAUGACAACCUGAGAGGUGCCGAUAUGGACCUAGUCCACCCUCAGGAGCGAUUGAUGGAAAGUGACUAUAUCGUCAUGCCCCGGGGCUCAGUGAGCACGCAGCCAUCAUUGAAGGAUGACAGCAAGUUAAACCUAGGCAUGGAAACCUUGCCUCAUGAAAGGCUCUUGCACUACAAAGUUAAUCCUGAAUUCAGUAUGAACCCCAAUGUAAUGGAUCAGUUCAGUAUGAGUUUAGAUCAACAUCUUGCUACCCAGGAACACAUGCAGAACUUGUCUUUUGAACCCCGCACAGCGGUGAAGAAUUUCAUGGCUUCAGAAAUGGAUGAUAGCACAGGACUAGCAAGAAGUGAAACUGGAUCAACCAUAUCAAUGAGUUCAUUGGAGAGAAGAAAAUCACGUUAUUCGGACCUCGACUUUGAAAAGGUCAUGCAUACGAGGAAGAGGCACAUGGAAUUGUUUCAGGAAUUAAAUCAAAAAUUUCAGACACUAGACAGAUUUCGAGAUGUACCAAAAUCAGGCAGCAUGGAAAAUCCAACAGCAGCCAACAAGGCUCCCUGGGACAGUUUCAAAAACACAAGCGAAUACCAACAUUAUACCACAAUAAACGUAUUAGAUUCAGAGGCAAAAGAUGCAUUAGAACUAAGACCAUCAGAAUGGGAGAAGUGUCUGAAUUUGCCUCUAGAUGUACAAGAAGGUGAUUUCCAAACGGAGGUUUAACGAAAGAUGCAAACAAACUGAAACAAAAGCAAAAACAUAGAACAAUUUUAUUUGCACUGACGCUCCAGAGACUUGGGAAGCCUGACAUGCCUAUCUGAACAUUGUGGCAAUUGUGUGUCAGGACCUUCAUGUGCCAAAUGUCAGUGAUUUCUUUUCGUAUGAUAUAGUCCCACUAGCCAAAACUAGUGGAGAACCCAGGUGUACAAUUCUUACCAUCGUGUCUUGUAAGUACCCGUGGAAUGGAUUUGUAAGGUAAAUCUUUAUAGAUAAACCUCAAGCAACGGUUCAUGUUGUAACAGCUUCAUUUGGUUUAGUUUUCAAAAAACUUCACCAUGAAGCACAAUGUAUAUAUUUAUGCAGUUUUUAAAGUUUAUAACAGUCUGUUUGGCCAUUACUACACUUUUUACUUUAUAAUAUAAAAAAGCAAAGUUUUGUCGUCAUUAAAUGAAUGUCUGUUGAGCUACAUUCUUCAUUGCUUUAAAUGCAAUAAAGUAAUAAUCUCACUUUUAUAUGAAUAAUAUAUUUCACAUCUUUAUUAUUGCAGUUUUCUCUGGGAAGCUCAAGAGUAGCUUUUCCUGCUGCAGCUGUGUAUAAAAUAUUUAAAAUGUUGUAUGGUGUAAAUAAACUUUUGUCUACAUAUCAGUA